UGCGCUUUUCAUAUUGUCGCUAUGUGACGAAAUGUUCAUAAGAUAGCUAAGCUAACGAUGCUGAAGUUGUCUUCCUGUUCGCCAGUUUCUUGUUCGUAUUUUCCCGUUCCACCUUAAAUGGUGCAGCAGUUACUGCUGGGCCGUUUCAGAUAUAACGGGGAAAUUAGAACAAAAAGCCGGUGAAAAGUUGUUCCCUGAGCUGGAUUAAUCCACAGAAAGGAAGGGAGGCGAGAGGAAAUUCAUACCCGGCGGAUCUGUUAACAUGGCUUCAACAAUUGACUUCAGGACCCACGUCGAUCAGUUGUGCAGAUACUCAGAGGAGUUUGUCAAUAUUUACUACGACUGCAUGGAUAAAAAACGGAGAAACCUGACGAGGCUCUAUCUGGAUAAAGCAACACUGGUGUGGAACGGCAAUGCGGUUUCUGGUCAGGAUGCCCUGGGAGAGUUUUUCGAGUCUCUUCCUUCAAGUGAAUUUCAAGUGCAUACACUAGACUGUCAGCCCGUACAUGAACAAGCAACUCAAGGCCAGACAACGUUAUUGGUGGUUACCGCUGGGUCAGUCAAGUUUGAUGGAAACAAACAGAGAUAUUUUAACCAGAAUUUCUUGUUAACUGCUCAGCCAUCCCCACACAGUGACCAGCCAGUCUGGAAGAUUGCAAGUGACUGUUUUCGCUUCCAAGACUGGGCAAACUGAACAAUUCUCACUACUUUCCAUUUGGAUUAAUUGUCAAGGAUUUCCCUCAAAAACCACUGAGGAAGGCUAAGUGACUGUUUUUCUUUGUUCUUCCAAAGUUGGCAGAAAUGAGUGCUUCGUGCUCUUAGCUGCAUGCUGUAAAUAAAUUUUGUUACAAAGCCAAAAAAAAAGGACAAUUUGCAACUUGUUGAGUAGAAAACAUUUUAAUUAUCACAACGUAUAUUACAUAGUAUGUGAUCCACAAAACUGAAUAAAUAAAAGCAUCAUGAAACAUUCUACAAGCAAAUGCAGAGUUUCUCAAAUGUUCACAUUUGACAAGAGUCCAUUAUGUCCAUUAUGACUUGGGUUGGGACCCUGAGGAUGAAGUCUUUUCAAACCAUAUGUUUUCCUAUCAGGAGAACUCCCAAUCCAAUUCAAAUGUUGAGUCAAUGGCUGGUAAUUAAAUAAUGGCUACAUCCCUGACAAAAUAAAAACACCAGCAAAAAACCCAAACAAAAACAAGACAAACAAUACUCUUGCCUCACAAAUGAAAUAUUUGGAAAAGAGAUUUCUGUGCCCAGAUGAUAACAUUUAUUCUCUUUUAAUGAAAUGAUCCCACAUUUGAGGCUGUAAUGUA